AUGGCGGACCAGCCACGUUUUUCACUCCCGAAGUUGAACAACCAAAAUUAUCAGUCUUGGAAGUUCAAGAUCGAAAUGCUGCUCAUUCGCGAUGAAUUGUGGCAUGUCAUUUCGCAGCCGAAGCCGGAACCCGUAACGGCAGCAUGGACCAAAGCAGAUCUAAAAGCGCGAGCCACGAUUGGAUUGUGCAUAGAAGACAAUCAAACGAGUCUGAUCCGAAACUGCACCAAUGCUCAAGAUGCUUGGAAAGCAUUAAAGGACUAUCACGACAAAGUUUCUGAUGUUUACCUGCUCAAGAAACUUACGCGGCUAGAGCUAGGGGAGAAUGGCGAUAUGGAGCAGCACCUACAACAAUUUACAGAUUUGCUGCAACGUAUUGCAGAUGCCGGUGAAGCGAUCCCGGUGAAAUGGCAGGUGGCGAUGCUCUUGUGUUCGUUGCCUGAUACGUACGACCCUCUAACGACAGCAUUGGAGCAGCGGCCGCGAGAUGAAUUAACGUUGGAUUUGGUAAAAUCAAAGUUGCUCGCCGAAGCUGAGAAACGCCGAGAGCGGAACGGAACAGCAAGUGUAAGCGGUGAAAAAGCUUUGCGAACGGAGUUUCGCAAAAGAGUAAGCGUGUUGCUAGCGGAUGGCGUAAAAGCUGAGGCUAUUGGCUCUGGCCAAGGAUCGAUUGUUGGUGUUAAUGGUGCAGGUGACACCGUUGAAAUUGUGUUGCGCGAUGUAUUAUUUGUCCCGAAGUUAACGAGUGGAUUGAUUUCGGUGAGUACACUUGCAUCGAAAGAUUUCCAUGUUGUAUUCACUGACAAUCGUUGUGAAAUUCGAAACCAACGUGGGGAGGUGUCAGCGGUGGCGACUCGCCGCGGUAAUUUAUACGGAUUGUGCACUCCGGAGCAAGCGAUGAUUAGUGUACAGUCGCAACAUACCGUGAAUUGCCAGCAUACCUGGCACCGUCGUCUCGGUCAUCGUGACCCCGACGUGAUUCGAGUAAUUUCGGCCAAUGGUCACGCCGAAGGAAUGAAGCUUAUCGACUGUGGUUUAAAAACAAUCUGCCGCUGUUGCUUAGAAGGAAAAAUGGCUCGCGCUCCAUUCAAGAAGCAAGUCGCUCGAGGUUCGAAAGAGAGGUUAGAUAUAGUACAUACGGAUUUGAGUGGACCUAUGAUAAGCACCCCUAGCGGAAAUAAAUACUUCCUUAUUCUCAUUGACGAUUUUACCCGAAUGGCGUUUUUGUACUUGUUGAAGGCGAAGUCGGAGGCCGCCAGCAAAAUUAAAAGAUUUUGUACAGUUUUGUAG